AUGGCUGCUGGUGCAGGCGUUUCCGGCCGUGAGGGGAGCGUGCCUUUGGGUAAUGCUACCAACGUCAACUGGGACUCGACGCCGCGCAAGUUGAUGCAGAGCAAGUUCGAGGAGGAAGUGGCCUCGGAAGUCACCUCCCCGCAGACGCCCGUCGGGUUGACGACACCGACGACGACUACUCCCAUCGUGCGGCGCACGCCCGGUACCACUCCCAGUUCGAGUAGCCGAAAACGGCGUGCCAACUCCGCGGUCAAGAAAGAGCGGCUGCGCGCCAUCUGCCCAGAGUGUAAAUCCAGUCUCGUGGACGCUCGCGCGCUGCGACGCCAUCAACGCAAGCAGCACGGUGCGCCAAAGGGCAAGACGAGUUUUGUGCGGUGCCAAAAGCUGAGCAACGGUGUCGAGUCACAGUUUGAUCCUGGCGCCUGCGACUGUACCUUUCGCUCUCGUGAGCAGUGGGCCGAGCAUGCUCGAGAGGUGCAUGGGUUUCAUGUCAAGCUUCAAAAGCUUCAUUUCAAAACGCGGCCCGAGUUUGAGCAUUGGCGUGAGCAGCUCCGGCUCCAUGAACACUAUGCCUUUUUUCGCCGCCCCAACGACCGUUUUGUCUGCAGCCUGCACGGCAAUCGCCGGCGCCCCAUUCUGAAGAAUCCCGAUGGCACCGAUGCCAAAAUUACCUGCUACGCCUUUAUCAACCUUGACCAGUUGCCUGACGGGACUUUUGAGGCUACGUUCUGGAACCAGCAUUCCCACACCCCCAUGAAAAAGUAUGAACCGUUGUCGCGAUGGGCGCGCCGCGAGAUCUUUCGAUUGGCCGCCCUGCGUUGGGCUCCACAGUCGAUUCAGUGCGUGAUUCAGGCCAUGUCCGAGCCAAACACACGCAACUACGCCGUUUCUUUCCGAGACAUCAAAGCCCACGGGUUUAACAAGCUGCAGAAAAACUGGACCAUGGAAGACCUGGCAUCAGAUCCUGAACACCCCGAAGAGUGCGAAGAAGAUCCCGUCGAGGUGGACGAGCCAACUCCCCAAAAUCGUGGCGCAGCGUCUGCUCCGGACCAGGAAGCUUCGGCUUCCCUCGACAGCACGGACGAGGAGCUGACGCCGCUCAAGCUACACGAGUCGGUGACCCAAACGACACAAUUCUAUCCCGGCCCUACCGCGGGCAUCGACUUGCCCAUGGCCCAGCCAUCGCCCGCCAUGCUGUUCACACUGCCCAUGAGGCAAAUGUGGGCCUCACACAACAUGCUGCCCAUCCCGCACUUGCAUCGUCUGCCCCUGCCCUUUGUGCACCCCGGCCAACAGAUGGCAAUGCCGGGAGCGAUGCAGCCGGUCAAGGCUGGUCCUGAUCCUCUGCCCAAACGGGCCAAGCGAGCGUUGAUGGAUUCUACCCAAUAUCAAGUUUCCUCGACCGAGACUCCAUAGUUGCACCGCGCCACGUGUGUCGUGGCCCGCAACUACUACCUUCUGCCUGUUCCGUGUUGUCCGAGGGGCUGUUCACUCCUUUGUAUCAUCGAGUUACGUCCUUAUCCUUGUGAAUGCGCCUGCAUUUUGCACCUCGAGUUGCUUGUCAAGAGCCCACCCCGCUCUUCAUCGUCGGUCCUCUGGCCACCUCAAUGUGUUAGUCCUUACCAGUGUGUCUUCUCCCUCCUGCCUUUGAGGCCCUUUCGAAUUGAUCAGUUCUCUGUUC